UUCGAUUGUUUCCUUGCUGAUUUCUUCCAUGUCUUUUGGAGUCCGCAGCUGGAAUCCAAAGUUGUUGCAACGGGUUUUGCGUCCUACAUCCUACACCUUCAUUCAAUGCUUUCAAUGAUCUACACGGUGCGAUGCGUGCAAUCUCUUGAACUCCAGCGCGAGCAACCAGGUGGAAGGGAAGCUCAUGUCAACUCAAAGGUCCGAGGAUCCAUCAAAUCAAAGCAACUCCGGAACAUUCCUGCCCAGGAGUUGAAUCUUGCGCUGACAUUCUCGACAUGGCUGCUUGUGACGCCACAGCCAACGAGCAUUGAUAUCUUUCUCUUGCAAUUAUGAAAGCAAGACUUUUGCGUAUUGUUUAAAAACGUUUGGAGAUUGGUCUCUUGUUGAAACCCGUAGAUUGGAGGCCCACAUGCCCGUCACUGUGGGUCGCAGAGACGGAGUGCACUCCAUAGCCUUGAUGGCUGAUAACAAUCUACCAUUUCCUGUGCUCAAUUUCAGCGGGUUUGUUGAUAAAUCUACCGCCAAAGGCUUCAAUGUAAGAGAGAUGAUUACAAACUCAGAAGCACUCUCCUAUGGGUAUCACUACCAACACAACCUUCGUCGACUCCAGAGCCAACAUCUUCGACAGUGCCUAGCACAAAAUGUUCUGCAGGGCAAGGGAAUUUUCAUCACUGAUUCGGUGCUCAAUCCCAAU